AUGCGCAGUGUAUUCUACGUCGCACUGGCAGUUGCGGUCUUCGCUCACAGCAGUUUCGUCGCAGCGUUCGCGGCUGCCGACGAGUCCGCGCUCUUGUCGAAGACCACUCCCGACUUCGCGAACGAUAAUGUGCUCAGCACGGACUCCUGGAAGAGAUUCCUUCGGAGCACGGACCUAGACGACGAGGACGACGCC